AUGGCCCCUAAUGGUGGCAAGCAAGGGAAGUCAUCAGAUUCCUCGAAACGUAAACGCGAAGAAGCCGUUGAUCUUACGAGCGAUAACUUGGAGACGCGUCAGACGCCAAAAACGUCGCGCACAUCUUCAACGCGCACACCUUCUCACUCACAAAGCUCUGCUGCUGGAAACCGGAGUCUUGCUCGUACACCUUCGUGGACUCAACCAAGUCCCUCAUCGCAAAGAAGUCGCACCGCUCAAGUCCCACCAUGGACUCCACCUCAGCAGCACAGUCAGGCUGAACGCGACGCUUGGCUCCAGGAAGAAGACAACGAUAUCUUCGAGAAUGUCGCAUCUUCGCAAUCCCCUCCUGUAGCCCACGACCAGUAUCAGAAGUAUGGCUCUCUCGACACCAAAAUCGUUGGUGUUCGCUUUUACACAGGCUUUGCAACUGUCGGAGAGAGGAUUACCAUAAAGCGAGAACCGAGUAAUCCCUAUGACUCCAAUGCUAUUCGAAUCGACAACAUGAUAAACGAGCAAAUUGGUCACAUCGGAAGAAAUGUGGCAGCCAAGCUCGCGAAAUACAUUGACAACGGCUGGCUUCUCAUGGAAGGAUCGCUCUCUGGAGACAUCGGCCAAUAUGACUGUCCCGUUAAUAUCGACUUCUUUGGACCUCCUCUGAGCUCACCCUUGAGUGAGGAAGUUCGCGAACGCAUGAUGGUCGACAGGUUGCCAACUCAGGACAUUAGUAGGUUUGAGCGCGACCAGAAGAAAAUGCAGCAAACCGUGGAACGAAAGAGAGCUGCCAAUUCUCAGUUCACUGCUUCACAGCCACCUGGUCUUGGUGGUAGCUCACAAGAGCAGACUAUGGAAGACAUCAUCAGUGGCAGCGAACAAUUCAAUCCGAGAGACGUCAGCCGAGCUGCGGAACAGUUUGGUACUUCUGAGGACGAUCUUGCAGCCAUGGUCAAGGCCAAACAGCCCAUGCGACUCAGUACAACCAUGCUUCCGUACCAGCUUCAAGCACUUGCAUGGAUGCUUGAUAAGGAAAAUCCCAAAGUUCCUGCCAAGGGCUCCAAAGACUUCGUACAGCUUUGGCGCAGACACGAGCGUUAUCCUAACGCAUUCACCAACAUUGCAACCAACUUCUCCAUCAAGGACAAGGAGCCUGUUCUCGCAGGUGGUGGUAUCCUUGCUGACGAUAUGGGUCUUGGAAAGACACUGGAAAUGAUAUCACUGCUGGUGUCGGACCUCGAGGACUUUACGCCAAGUCAACAAGCCGAAUCGAGUGCUACCCUGAUCGUCGCACCUCUAUCUGUAAUGUCCAACUGGAGCGAUCAGAUUGCACGACAUGUACGUAAGGAUCAACCUUUACGUGUAUACACCUACCAUGGAGCCGGAAAGAAGUCGAUGGGUCCUCAGGACUUCUCGCAGUACGAUGUCGUGAUCACCACCUAUCAGACACUUGCAAGCGGUUGGGCUUCAGGUGGAAAGCCACCCAAGUCAAAGGGACUGUACUCGGUCCAUUGGCGACGUGUCAUCCUUGACGAAGGUCACAACGUCCGGAAUCCUACCAGCAAAGGUGCUAGCGCUGUUACUGCUGUGCUUGCACGCUCACGCUGGGUACUGACUGGCACGCCUAUCAUAAACUCGCUCAAGGAUCUUUACUCUUUGCUCCGCUUUAUCGGAAUUACUGGAGGAUUAGAGAAGUUGGAAGUUUUCAACAGCGUCCUCGUUCGUCCGGUCAAGAACAAUGACUCUAGUGCGAUAGCUCUUCUCCAGGCAAUCAUGUCUUCAUUCACUUUGCGCCGUCGCAAGGAGAUGAAGUUUGUUGAUCUCAAGUUGCCAGAACUGUCUGAGUUUGUUCACCGUAUCGAGUUCGCAGACAAGGAAAGGGAAAGAUACUCGGCACUGUUAAAAGAAGCUCAAGGCACUCUGUCAUCAUACCGCAAGGUUGAAGGCCAGAAAGCUGCUGAAACGUAUCGAUAUUUGCUGGAGAUCCUUCUCCGCCUGCGCCAAGUCUGCAAUCACUGGCAGAUGUGCUCAGAGCGUGUGACUAACCUGAUGGAGCAAAUUGCAAAACAAAAGGUUGUCGAAAUGACUCCAGAAAACCUCAAGGCUCUGCAGGAUAUGCUCUCGUUGAGCAUCCAAUCACAGGAAGAAUGUGCUGUCUGCCUCGAUGAUUUGCACAAUCCUGUCAUCACACCUUGCGCACAUGUCUUUGGCAGGGAGUGUAUUGAGCGGGUCAUUGAAACACAGAAGAAGUGCCCAAUGUGCCGCGCGGAGCUCAAGGACAACUCAGUCCUCGUUCAGCCAGCCAACGACUUUGGUGAUGAGGCCAGGGAUGAGUCAAUCGAUUUCGUUGCUAGCAGCACCAAACUCGAAGCGCUCAUCGACAUUCUCAAGGCAUCAAAGAAGGGUACAGGAAACAAGACUGUUGUCUUCUCUCAAUGGACCAAGUUCCUCGAUAUCGUACAAGCGAGACUUGAUCGCGAAGGCUUCAAAUACUGCAGACUCGAUGGCACCAUGUCUGUCAGACUCCGAGACCAAGCAUUGCACGCCCUCGAGGAAGACCCAGACUGUACCAUCAUGCUAGCGAGCUUGGGCGUGUGCAGCGUUGGUCUGAAUCUCGUCGCUGCCAAUCAAGUCAUCCUAUCGGACAGUUGGUGGGCGCCUGCCAUUGAAGAUCAGGCUGUCGAUCGUGUGCAUCGUCUGGGACAGACAAAGAAGACUAGCGUCUUCCGUCUUGUCAUGGAAGACAGCAUCGAAGAGCGCACCCUCGAAAUUCAAGCCGAGAAGCGCAAACUCAUGAUGAUGGCUUUCCAAGAAAAGGACAGCAAGAGAAGCAAGACCAAGGCGUCGAGACUGGGAGAUGUGGAAAAGUUGUUGAGAUGA